AUGAAGAUCACAUUUUUGGUGAUCGCGGCGUGCCUGGUGGUCUUCGCGGAGUCACGAAGAGUCCAGCUCAGGGAACGCGCCCAAGAGCCGGCCCUCUACUACGAGGAGGAGGAUGAAGCCCAGCCCCAGGAGGCCGACGACUACGCGUCGCAGGUAGCCUACCAGCCACGCACCCGAGCGCUCCAGCCCCUGAACCGGGCCAAGGACACGAUCGCCGCCUCGAAGCCGGCGCCCGUGCAGACCAUCCGUAACUACAACAAGGUCAACGACGAUGGCAGCUUCACCUUCGGCUAUGAAGCCGCUGACGGCUCCUUCAAGGAAGAGACUCGCGGCACCGACUGCGUCGUGCGCGGCAAGUACGGCUACGUCGACCCGGACGGCAACAAGCGAGAGUUCACCUACGUCUCGGGCAACCCUUGCGACCCGAACGCACCCAAAGACGAAGACGACGACGAGCUGAUCAAGAAGCACGAAGCUGACGAGCCGUCGGGACCUCAGAACUACCCGUCCGUGCGACCGGUUGCCAGACCCUCUAGGCCGAACUACCCGACCACCACCCAGAGGGCACCUACCACGAUCUUCCAGUCCGAGUACCAGCUCGACGACGAUGCCAGCCAAGAGCUCGAGGAGGAGACGAAACCUCGUCCGGCCAGCAGACCUCACGCCUUCCGCAGACCCACCUACAUUCAAGUAGCCGCCGAGCCAUCGUCGCCGGUCUACUCCAACUACCAGUCUACACCGGCUCCAACGACCAGUCCAACUCUGUACCGCUUCGCGUCGACCUCGGCGGCCUCCCGUGCCCCGACGACUCCAGCUCCGGUGCGCACCACCUACUACCAGCCCGUGGAGACCAGCACGAGGCCAGCGGUGACCCGCACCAGGCCCCAGUCCGUGGCCAUCACCCCGAGACCUCACAUCGCUCAGGUGGCCGCCCAGUACGUCUCGCCCGGACCCAGCACCGAGAGGCCCGGAGUGGUCUACGCUCCGCGCACCAUCACGCCCGUGCACUCGUCGACGACCGCCACGCCACCCAGCCAGCACUUGGACUUUGCUGCCGAGCUCGAGCGCUACGUCAACAGCGUCGGAAGCUCGACCCCGAGGCCCCAGAUCGUCCAGCCCAAGUAUAAGCCGUCCCCGUCUCAGGCCCCGAUAGCCCAGUCGAGCUCGCAGCGACCCAGCGACGCCAUCUACCAGUCCGAGCUGGUCUACGAUCCAGCCACCGGCCAGUACAACACUCAGCUGUACCAGACCCUUCCGCAGACCCUCGGCGAGUUCAGUCUGAGCCACAAGCUCCAGCCGUACGUCGCCCAGUCGCAGCAGCCCCUGGUCGGCCUGCAGCAGAGCUCGAUUUACCGCCAAGCCGCCUCGCAGCCGCAGCCCGCCCAGCAGGUCGCCCCGCAGAGGCCGAAGAUCGCCCAGCCCCAGGAGGCCAUCUACAGGAAGCAGCAGAGCCAGCUGCUCCAGCAGUCCCAGCAGCUCUACGCCCAGCAGCAGCGAAGACAGCAGCAGCAGCAGCCCCAGAGGAUCCAGCUGAUCCAGGACCCCAAUCAGAGAGAGGGACAGAACUACUACUACGUGGCGGCGGCUCAGCAGGCGCCCGGCAGGAGUCUGCAGCAGGCACCGCUCACCCUAGGACAGAUCGACCAGUUCCUUCGCCAGGGCGGCGUCAAUUAUCAGUAA